UUGUUUCUCCCUCUCUGCCCUCGCCAUCUCCAAGCCCAGCACGAUCUCCUUGCUUGUCGUCAAAUUUCGAGCCUGCCCAAGAAUCCCCAAGUACCCCCUUUCCUCCGCUUUGCCUCGCCCUUGACGGGAGUCGUAAGCCAUACGGAAGCAGCAAACCCUCGUCUCCUGACGUCUUCUGUUCCCUGCCAUUCCGCCCAAACCUUGCCCUGACCAACGCCCGAAAACGACGGGAAACCCCUCUAAGCCCAAGUUGCCCUGUUUCCUGCAGCUGCUCUCCUGCAACUCUUCAUCUAAGCCCUGCUCCUCCCCUCCCUGCCAAAGCUAUUUCUCCCCUGAAUCCGCCUGCCUGAAGGGUCUUUUGCCUAUUCCAUCCAGAACGAGCAACGCCGUAAAGUUAGAGCAGCAGUUCCGCAUCUGUUGCUGCAUUCGGGUAGCCAGUUCCUCCAGUAUCUCCCGUGUCAUCGCACGCCCUAGGUCAAGAAUCAGAGCUUCGAAAUCCAACCGUAGGAUCGCGUCGCAUCGCAGCAGCACUGAAUCGCCAUGGACGCCUCUUCGGUGCUGAAUCCGUGGAGCCAGCAGGCCGUGUGCAACCUCACGCGCGUCGCGCGCACCAGCAGCCGCAACCACCGCGUGCGGAUAAGCGCGCCGAGCGGCGGCGGAACCACCAGCGCCAGCAGCAGCCCCACGGACGGGGAGGCUGUGCUGAAAGCCAUGGGCGGCGUCGCGUCGCCAGAGCAUGAGGAUUCGGGCGACAUGUCUGAGCCUGAAGUGACAUCACCACCUCGCCGCCGUACUCGCGACCAAGCCUUCGACACAGCCUCGGAAUCCUCCGAGCCGUCGCUGUCGCCUCGGGAGCCGCCCUCGUCGCCGUCCCGCACCUCGUCGUCGAUGCUCUUCCUCGGCCCGCCCUCCUCCGUCCCGCAGACCCCCAACGUAAUGAUCGCGCCGGCCACGGAGUGCCCAUACGCGCCGCGCAAAAUGCGCAAGCUGGGCGGCGCGCGGACGGCGCUGAUGAUGCGAUCGGAGGGUAUCCGCCGCCUGAUGCGCGCGAUCGCCUUCGAGUGAAUCACCGCGCGACGAUUUGAUUGAGGCGCGACCACCAGAGCCAACGUUCGAUCUACGUUGGGUGGGCGGUCCGGUCAUUACCUCGAUUGACAAUCACUGACGGAUUUCUGACACGGCUUUACACGUGACGCGCCCGCUGGUCUUCACGGCAUGUGGAGGCGCUUCGGCGAAUCCUGAGCAAUACUUCGUCCUUUCUUUUCCUCGGGCGCUAUUCUCGCUCCUGCUGACUCGCUUCUGCUGACUCUCUCACACGCACGGGAAGCGGUGGUUCGUGGCUCCUUCCUGGGGGUGGUGAUGCUGGUGCGGGGUCUGCCGUGCAGCUGCGGUCAUCGUCGUUGGACAGAGCUGUCCUCCUCCACCUCCCUGGAACGCACCUGGAUCUCCAUUCCCGGUUCCGUGACUAAUUUCCCUCGAUUCAAGAACGUUCCACAGGAGAAUCGCUUUCUUCUGUGCGCUGAGAGUGGCUCCUCUUCCGCUUUCAGAAUACACAUUUGCUUUUGAUUUCCUUUCCUUUCUGCUGACUCUUUGUGAUUACCGUGCUGCCCGGCUUUGCCAGCUUUCACUUAGGUGUGGAUGCGGCUGUUGCUGUGGCGUGGCAUGAUGAUGAUGACCAUACUGGGAAGCCUCAAUGCAGAUUGUUGGCUUCUAAAUUUGCUAUUGACCGCUUGUGUGCCGUUUUCUUUCAAAGUUCCAAGUUGUAAUUUGUGAGGUCCAUCAGAGCUUAUUGGAUCAUUAGGCAUUAGCUCAAGUAGAUUC